CGACAUUAUAAAAAGGUUCAAAGUGCUCCUUUAUGCUACGGAGUAACAAUUUUUGCAAAUCCUACAUCACUCAAUUCCAUCAGUUUUUAAAAGUGAAGGGCCAACUCCUAUCACAUCGUGUUCCUGAGCUCAGUCUCCUAGAAUGCAAGCGUCGCCUAUUGGCUACAUCCGUACUUCGUAUAUCGCUUGGUGAAUUGUCAAAAGGAUUCCCAUAACCAUAAAGCAAAAUUCAAUGUAAGCAAUCUUUCGGAGGAAACAAAACGGAAUCAAUUUAAAACGAAAUUUUCUUUACCCUCGAUCUUAAACAGAAGCUAUUAGAACACGGUGUGAUCAUACAAAGUAAAAAUGGCACAAGAACGGCGAUCAAAAUUUGAAACCCUUCAGCUGCACGCUGGCCAAGAACCAGAUUCAACGACAAACUCCAGAGCGGUGCCCAUUUAUGCUACAACGUCAUUUGUCUUCAACGAUUCAGCCCACGGCGCUCGUUUAUUUGGCCUCAAAGAAUUCGGCAACAUCUACUCGCGUAUCAUGAAUCCAACCGUAGAUGUUUUUGAAAAGCGAAUCGCCGCGUUGGAAGGAGGUGUUGCUGCAGUAGCUACCUCUUCAGGACAGGCAGCCCAAUUUAUGACCAUUGCCGCUUUGGCCCAUGCGGGCGACAACAUAGUCUCAACGUCCAACUUGUACGGAGGUACUUACAACCAGUUUAAGGUCUUCCUCCCUCGUCUUGGUGUGAAGACCAAGUUUGUCGACGGUGAUAAAGCGGAAGACAUUGCAAAAGCAAUCGAUGACAAGACUAAGGCUGUCUAUAUUGAGAGUAUAGGCAAUCCACGCUACAAUGUCCCAGACUUUGAGGCAAUAUCCAAAGUAGCUCAUGACGCCGGAGUUCCACUUGUCGUUGACAAUACUUUUGGUGCUGGCGGGUUCUUCGUGCGCCCUAUUGAUUAUGGUGCAGAUAUUGUUGUUCACUCCGCAACUAAGUGGAUAGGAGGGCACGGCACUACAAUUGCUGGAGUAAUUGUAGACAGUGGGAAGUUUGACUGGAGAAAAAAUGCGAAACGGUUUCCGCAGUUCAACGAUCCUGCUGAAGGCUACCAUGGACUCAAAUUCUUCGAAACUUUUGGCCCUAUUAGUUUUGCCGUUCGUGUUCGCGUGGAAAUUUUGCGAGAUUUAGGGGCAUGUCUAAACCCAUUUGGGGCGCAACAAUUGCUUCUCGGUAUCGAGACACUAAGCCUGAGAGCCGAAAGGCACGCUGAGAAUGCACUCAAACUUGCUAAAUGGUUAGAAGCGAAUAAAAAUGUGUCUUGGGUGUCAUACCCAGGACUAGAGAGUCACCCAUCGCAUGAAUUGGCCAAAAAGUACUUGAAACGUGGGUUUGGUGGCGUCUUGUCUUUUGGUAUCAACGGGAGCGGGGCUGCUGGCAGUCAGGUUGUUGACAAUCUCAAAUUGGUCUCUAAUCUUGCCAACGUUGGAGACUCCAAAACUCUUGCUAUCCACCCAUGGACUACAACGCAUGAGCAAUUAUCAGAAAAGGAACGACUUAGCAGUGGAGUUACCGAGGAUAUGAUCCGCAUCUCCGUAGGCACCGAGCACAUCGACGAUAUUAUCAGUGACUUCGAACAGUCGUUCGCAAAGUCCAUCGCAAAUACGGUGUUGAAAGCAUUGUAGGCAGUCCAAGGGUUAUUGUAACAUCGAAAGUAACUCUAAAUUUUCAGGAGCAAGUUAACAUGCUGAUUGAAAAAGAGGUGAUUUCAAGGCCGCAGUAAUUGGAAUGGCCAUGCCGUGCAAACCUAAAAGAUUGUUGCAAUAUGAAUGCAACUAAGUUGAAAAGACAGUAAAGUGCAACAUCACAUAAUCAAACUUUGCCAGUGUUCUACUUGCUUAGACAAGUACCUUUGUGUCUUUGAUAUGUCAGCCUCUCCAUUUCGACCAACUUCAUAGAUGAUACUUCCAUAAAUCUGAUUUUCCUUUUUGCACUAUGGCGACCUCUAAAUUAAAUUUGAUGGAUUGAUGGUGGCUAAAAUCAACAACAUGGAUAUUGGUCUCAAACUUCUAUCUUUGUACUAUCGGCUGGUGUCGAUUAAUUAAGGUCUCUAUUCACCAUGCUCAAACAUUGUUCUCGUGACCAAUUUUUUCAAGUGGAUAAGCAAG